AUGAAAUCUUUCUUUUCCUUGACGCAGGAUGGUUUAGGAGUCAAUUGGAGUGAAAUAAUGACUCAAACGUAUGAGUUAGCUGAAGUAUGCGUGAGAACAAACUACUAUGGUUCCAAGAAAAUGACCAAAGCACUGCUUCCCCUCCUCCAGCUAUCCGAUUCACCAACAGUUGUCAGUCUUUCUUCUGGCAUGGGAUUGUUAAAGCAUAUCCCAAAUGGAUGGGCUAAAAGGUUGUUAAGUGAUGCCGAAAAACUCACAGAAGACAGAAUAGACGAGGUUUUGAGCGAGUUUCUAAAAGACUUCAAAGAAGAUAUGCUAGAAACCAGAGGAUGGCCUGCUUCCCUCUCUGCCUAUAUACUCUCAAAAGCAGCCAUAAACGCUUUCACGCGGAUCAUGGCCAAGCAGUACCCGAAUAUCUGCAUCAACUCUGUAUGCCCUGGAUUUGUCAAAACAGAUUUGAACUUCAAUACCGGAAUAUUAACAAUAGACGAAGGUGCUGAAAGUGUUGUGAGGCUAGCAAUGGUAACAAAUGGCAGCCCUUCUGGCCAUUACUUCUAUAGACAAGAAGUCACACACUUUUGAGGAUAACAGAAUCUUUCAAUUUCAUGGAAUAAAUAUCCUUUUUUCUGUACGCAAUGAUGAGAUAAUAAUCUUUGAAUUUUCGUAGACGAACAAUGUAUCCUUAAAAAAUUACUAUGCUCUUGUUGCUGCAACCUGGUGAUCAGCCACACCUUGCAAAACGAGAACGCAUGGUUUCCACUUCCAGAGGUUUUCCUUGCAGAGCACUAUUUAACUCUAAACAAAUUGUUCCAACUACAAAAGUAAAAAAGGAAAAAACAAAUUAAAGUUCGUUAGUCCUUAAUAAGCA